CACUGAUUGGGAAAAUUUGACAUUUAGAUUACAGAUGUUGCGUUCAGUCCUUUCGCGUAGCUUAUUCCAAAUUCGAGCUUUAAGCUCGAUACCACAAGGGAUAAGGGACAUCAAACCUCAGUAUACCAAGCUAUUUAUUAACAAUGAAUUUGUGGAUGCUGGCAGUGGCAAAUCGUUCGGCACUUUCAACCCUGUGGAUAAUAGCUUAAUUACGAAGGUAGCGGAAGCGGACAAAACCGACGUUGACAAAGCUGUCAAGGCUGCAACCGAGGCAUUUCGGCUCGGAUCACCAUGGCGUACCAUGGACGCAACGCAACGUGGUAUUCUUUUGAAUAAACUUGCGGAUCUUAUGGAAAGGGACCAUGUUAUUCUUGCAUCAUUAGAAACGCUAGAUAAUGGAAAACCCUACAGUGAUUCGUAUGCUGCUGAUGUAGCCCUAUCGAUAGCAUGCAUCAGGUAUUACGCCGGAUUUGCUGAUAAGGUUCACGGGAAAACGAUUCCGAUUUGUGGCGAUUACUUCACAUACACAAGACACGAACCAGUUGGUAUAUGCGGACAAAUUUUACCUUGGAACUUCCCGCUUCUUAUGCAAGCAUGGAAACUAGGACCCGCCCUCGCAAUGGGAAACGUCGUGGUCAUGAAACCGGCGAAGCAAACACCCCUCUCAGCACUUCAUGUAGCAAGCCUUGUCAAGGAGGCAGGAUUUCCUCCUGGAGUUGUAAAUCUCAUAACCGGAUUUGGACCAAUCGUUGGUAAUGCUAUCACAGAGCAUAUGGGAAUUGACAAAGUUGCUUUUACUGGGUCCACGGAGAUUGGGAAACUUGUAAUGGAAGCAGCAGCACAAAGCAAUGUGAAAAAAGUGACGCUAGAACUCGGUGGCAAAAGCCCGAACAUCAUCUUCGCCGACUGUGACUUGGACUUCGCUGCAAAACAGGCUCACCAUGGUAUAUACUUCAAUCAAGGUCAAACAUGUUGUGCAGGAUCCAGAGUUUUUGUCGAAGGAAAGAUUUACGACGAUUUUGUUGCUAAAUCGAAAGAGCUGGCUGAGAAGCGUGUGCUUGGUGAUCCAUUCGAUCUGAAAACUGAACAAGGUCCUCAGAUAGACGAUGGACAGCUGCAGACAAUCAUCCGCUACGUAGAAUCUGGCAAGAAACAAGGAGCUAAACUCGUCUGUGGUGGAAAAAGGUGGGGCGACAAAGGAUUCUAUUACGAGCCGACUAUCUUCGCAGACGUGAAAGAUGAGAUGGUGAUCGCUCAAGAAGAAAUAUUUGGCCCAGUGAUGAGCGUGAUCAGGUUUGAUACAAUGAAGGAUUUAGUUGACAUUGCAAAUAAUACCAUAUACGGACUUGCCGCUGGAGUCGUGACAAAUGACCUUGACAAAGCACUUUAUGUGGCUAAUAAUAUUCGGGCAGGUUCUGUCUGGGUGAACUGUUGGGACGUGUUUGAUGCGGCAGCGCCUUUUGGAGGCUACAAACAAUCGGGUAUUGGUCGCGAGCUGGGAGAAUAUGGACUCGAAGCGUACACGGAAGUGAAGACGGUGACCAUCAAAGUACCACAAAAGAACUCGUAGAUAACUUCUCAAAUCUAAAACACCGUUGUUACCUGGUUGAAAAAAGACAUUUUCCAAUUUUCUGAAUCGUAGUGUUCCUUACGC